AUGGAGAAAGCGCGAUUUUUCGAGAAAUCCAUCUCGUUAUCAGAUGAUGUCGAUGCGGUAUCGGUGAUGCCAGCGUACCGCUUGAGUCGUUCACAGAACAAGGAUUUUGGACGAAACAUCAGACGGAACAUCGAAAUAUUGGAUCGAUUACUGAUUGGAGUCGUAUUGGAAAUUAGGAAUGGCACAGAAAUAUUAGAUGUAUCAAUCUCUAGCAGUAAACGAAAUACGUGA